GCCCUAGACCUGGAAAGCUACUGUUCCACCCUAUCACUGGGCAGAGCUGAGGCACCAUGCAUGGGGGCCAGGGGCUGUGGUUCCUCCUGCUGCUGCUGCUGCUGGUCGUCUGCCUGGGGACCCAGGGCCGCAACCAGGAGGAGCGUCUGCUUGCUGACCUGAUGCACAGCUAUGACCCCCAUCUUCGGCCAGCUGAGCGAGACUCAGAUGUGGUCAACGUCAGCCUGAAGCUUACCCUCACCAACCUCAUCUCCCUGAAUGAGCGAGAAGAGGCCCUUACAACCAACGUCUGGAUAGAAAUGCAGUGGUGUGACUAUCGCCUGCGCUGGGACCCGCAAGAUUAUGAAGGCCUGUGGGUGCUGAGGGUGCCGUCCACCAUGGUGUGGCGACCGGAUAUCGUGCUGGAGAACAAUGUGGACGGUGUCUUCGAGGUGGCCCUCUAUUGCAAUGUGCUUGUGUCCCCCAACGGCUGUAUUUACUGGCUGCCACCUGCCAUCUUCCGCUCCUCCUGCUCCAUCUCCGUCACCUACUUCCCCUUUGACUGGCAGAACUGCUCCCUCGUCUUCCAGUCCCAGACUUAUAGCACCAGUGAGAUCAACCUGCAGCUGAGUCAGGAAGAUGGGCAGGCCAUUGAGUGGAUCUUCAUUGACCCUGAAGCUUUCACAGAGAAUGGAGAGUGGGCCAUCCAGCACCGGCCAGCCAAGAUGCUACUGGAUCCUGCGGCACCAGCUGAGGAGGCGGGACACCAGAAGGUGGUGUUCUAUCUGCUCAUCCAGCGCAAGCCCCUCUUCUAUGUCAUCAACAUCAUCGCUCCUUGUGUGCUCAUCUCCUCCGUCGCCAUCCUCAUCUACUUCCUUCCUGCCAAGGCGGGAGGCCAGAAGUGCACAGUGGCCAUCAACGUGCUCCUGGCCCAGACUGUCUUCCUUUUCCUCGUGGCCAAGAAGGUGCCUGAGACUUCCCAGGCAGUGCCACUCAUCAGCAAGUACCUGACCUUCCUCAUGGUGGUGACCAUCCUCAUUGUUGUGAACUCUGUGGUCGUGCUCAACGUGUCCUUGCGAUCCCCCCACACACACUCCAUGGCCCGAGGGGUCCGAAAGGUAUUCUUGAGGCUCCUACCCCAGCUGCUGCGGAUGCAUGUGCGCCCACUGGCCCCUGCGCAGGAUGCUAGGCCCCAGCUCCAGAACGGUUCCCCUUCAGGGUGGCCCAUUACAACCAGGGAUGAAGGGGGCCCCUGUCUGCCUCGAAGUGAACUCCUCUUCAGACAGCGACAGGGCAAUGGGCUUGUGCGAGCAGCACUGGAGAAGCUAGAGAAAGGCCCAGAAAUGGAGCAGAGCCAGUUCUGUGGCAGCCUGAAGCACGCCGCCCCAGCCAUCCAGGCCUGCGUGGACGCCUGCAACCUCAUGGCUCGGUCUCAGCACCAGCAGAACCACUUUGACAGUGGGAACGAGGAGUGGUUCCUGGUAGGCCGUGUGCUGGACCGGGUCUGCUUCCUGGUCAUGCUCACACUCUUCAUCUGCGGCACUGCUGGCAUCUUCCUCAUGGCGCAUUACAACCGGGUGCCUGACCUGCCAUUCCCCGGGGACCCUCACCCCUACCUGCCCUUGCCAGACUGAGCCAACAAUCGCCCCCCGGGAACGUCAGCUCUGUGGGUCGUGUUGUCCUUGCAUUCUACUUCUGGGAUGCUGAGUAUGCUCCUCGGGAAGAAAGGAAACAGCCCUGAGAAGAGCUGGAAGAAUAAAGAGAGAACUGAAGUUCUGGAGUGGUUUGGGAUGGGUGUGGUUACACAUGAUAUUGGGGCUGAUGUCCAUGAGGUGCUGUCUGGCUUCUCCAGGAACCACUCUUCCACUUAACACACCCUUCACUUCAGCAAAGCACUACUACCAAGUCACCUGGAAGCCCUGAGGACUCUGUUUUUCAUGAUGUCCCUAGCUGGGUAAGGUCCUACACCUUGAGGCCUGAGGACCUUUUAUGAAUCUUCUCUGGAAGAGCUGGCAAGAGUAUGGGGAGCUCUGUUUAAAGAAGAACACCAGGGGCUGGAGAGAUGGCUCUGUGGUUAAGAGCCCUGGAUGCUCUUGCAGAGGAC